AUGCGGAACCGGAGCGAGCCGGAUGAGGAGGACGGAGACGACGGCAGCCGCGAUCUGGCGCUGCGCGUGCUUACCGGAUGCGCUCUCUCGGCUCUCGUGCUGUGCACGCUGUUCGGCAACGUGCUGGUGUGCGCGGCCGUGCUACGCUUCCGCCACCUGCGCUCCAAGGUCACCAACACGUUCAUCGUGUCUCUCGCGGUGUCUGACCUUCUCGUGGCCCUGCUCGUGAUGCCAUGGAAAGCUGUGGCGGAAGUUGCGGGGUUUUGGCCGUUUGGCGCAUUCUGUGACAUCUGGGUCACGUUUGACAUCAUGUGCUCUACAGCAUCCAUCCUCAAUCUGUGCGUGAUCAGCGUGGACAGGUACUGGGCCAUCUCCAGCCCCUUCCGAUACGAGCGCAAGAUGACCCAGCGCGCAGCAUUUGUCAUGAUCGGCGUGACGUGGACUUUAUCCGUGCUCAUCUCGUUCAUACCGAUACAGCUAAACUGGCACAAGGCAAGCAGCGGAGCAGAGAUCGUGCGAGGGUUUAACGGCACCGGGGCCACAGCGCGCGCUCUUACGGACUCGGAACAGAACAACUGCGACUCGAGUUUAAACCGGGAGUACGCUAUCUCCUCGUCUCUUGUGAGCUUCUACAUCCCCGUAGCGAUCAUGAUCGUUACCUACACUCGGAUCUACCGCAUCGCACAGAUGCAGAUAGGCCGAAUCGCGUCUCUGGAGCGCGCGGCGGAACACGCACAGAGCUGCAGGACCGGCAGCCGUGCGCUCGUGUGUCAGCACCAACAACAGCAACACAGUACUCUUAAAACUUCCAUCAACCGUGAGACCAAAGUGCUCAAGACCCUGUCCGUGAUCAUGGGCGUGUUUGUGUGUUGCUGGCUUCCGUUCUUCAUUCUCAACUGCAUGGUCCCGUUCUGCGCGAGACGAAGAGAAAACAGUGGCGACAGGCGCGCGGGCCUUCCGUGCGUUAGCGAGACGACCUUCGACGUGUUCGUGUGGUUCGGCUGGACUAACUCAUCGCUCAACCCGGUGAUCUACGCGUUCAACGCCGAGUUCCGGAGAGCCUUCGCGAGCCUGUUGGGCUGCCGGCGCCUGUGCGCGAACACGCCGGUGGAGACUGUGAACAUCAGCAACGAGUUCGUUUCCUACAACCACGACACGCUGGUGCACAAAGAGAUCGCCGAUGCGUAUGUAAACAUCAUCCCCAACGUAGUGGAGUGCACGGACCAUGAGGACACGUUCGACCGAAUAUCGCAGCUCUCGCGCCAGGAGGAAGAGGAGGAAGAUGAGGAUGUUGUGGUCACUGACUCGGCGGAAAUCAACUUGGGGAGAUUGACGCCUUUCAGCCGGAACGGAAUCCGCUGAAGUCGCGCGCAACAAGUAGGAGCGAGUUAGAGGUGGUUUAAAUACACAGCAAAAUCCGCUAUAGCGCAAAAUUCACACCUUUCAUGUAAAUCCGCUUCCAGUGUGUUCGAUUUUAAACCAUUUGCAGCUUUAUGUACUGAAAAAUAUAAA